UAACCAACAUUGCCUGUGUAUUCAUUAUAUUAAAAUCACGUUUUUGUCGAAAGAUAAUAUCGUUAAACGAGGUAUUAAUUAAAUUUUAUUGCGCUUGUUACAUCUAUAAUUUAAGAUUAUUAACAGAAGGGUAAAAAAACAAAGGAGAAAGGUAAAAAUGAGUAAGGACAACGACUAUGUAUUUGUAUUGAAAAGUGAAUUGAAGAGUUCCGAGAAACAUUUUCUAUAUCAAUCAGGAUAUACAUAUAUUUGCGGUAAAGUGGAGAAAAAUGAUAUACGAUGCCGGAGUGAGAAUGUAGAGAAUUACCACUGUACAUUUUUUUAUAACGGAAAUGAAGUAUAUGUUACAGAUUUAAAAAGCAAGCAUAAAACAUAUGUAAACGGCCAUCCUCUAGAGCCCUAUCGGACAAAGAAAUUAGAUUUGGACGAUAUUAUUUGCAUUGGAUGUUCUAGUAUUGAAGAUGCAAUCACAAAGGAUAAUACUCAUGUGUAUAUAUUACGUAAAUUUCAAGUGGCAGACCGGAAUGUUGGUAAGAGGGUCAGUUCGCCUUCGGAAACUAGUUCAUCGCAGGAUGAAAAAACAGCUAAUUCUAAGACAGAAGCUGACAAGGUACAUAAACUUGAAAAAAAGCACUCCAAUUCUGGUUCCAAAUCGCAAAGUAAAAUGCCCAAGUCCCGAGGUAAAAAAUAAUUGUCAGAACACAACAAUUUUUCAAAGAUGUUAAACACUAUACAAGGAAAGGCUAAUUUCUAAAGGAAAGGAUAAAAUCUAAAGAAGAUUGUCGAAAAGAAUCUCUGAAAAAAUCUGAACAACUUUCGAAACCACGAUUAAGCGGCGAAAAGAAGACAGAACGACAAGGGAAGUUGAAAUCAGAGGAACAUUUACACGCAAGGGAGCAAAAGAAUCGUCAAGAGCCUCGCAAAUGUGCCGAUUCUCUUCCUCUUAAAGCAAGGUUCUUAAAUAUUUGUUCUACGGAAGUGUUGGAAACAUUGGAAAAUGACAUAAAGAUGAAACUGAAAAAAAUAGAGAAACAAAAAGCAGCAUUUUUGGCAAAUAAUCGCGAAGAGAAACAUAUUUUUCCUAAACCGAAAGUGAAUAUAACGACAAAGUCUGGAAACGAUAUCCAUCUCGGGCAGACGAUCGCUGGAUCCGGAAAGAAAAUUGCAACGGAGGAGCCUACAGCUUCGUCUAGUAGAUUUGCAGCAGCAGAUAAUACUUGCUCAAAUGCAAAAGCGACUGAUCCAAUAAAAGGUAAAAACGUUUCUAAAGAAAUGGCAACGAAUUUAUAUCAUUCAUUAUGUAGUACAUUAUUAUUUCUGAAGCGUUUAUAUAAUUUAUAACUUGAUAAGAUUUGAGAAAAAAAUCACAAUGAUACUUACAAAAUUCAAAAACGAACUUAUUACGAAAGUCUACUCAAAACUAUUACAAAUUAUCGGACAUAAGAUAAAAUCAAAUAAACGAAUGAAUCCAGUAAAUGAAACAAGAAGAAAAAAACGAAACGUAAGGUUGAAAAUUUGAAGAGUAUAAAAGUUACGUAAACGUGCGUGGUUUCGAAAGGCGUGCAAAUUUACCCACGUUUUCCAUUUUCAACGAGAUAUCCUCGUUACGACGGUGACGGAAGAGACUACAAGUGACAUAAUACCUAACUCUUUAGAAUUACACCGAUACAAAGGGACAAAGUGAUACAAACAUGCUUCUUCCGGCAAUUGUCCCCUACUACGAUCAUUAUACCGUACUACGUGACUGGAUUUACGAUCGAUCUUCCAGUCCGUGCUACGAAUCGAUAGGAAAACGAUACACGAUAACGCGAUCUUCCUUUUCUACUUCGACAACUUCGACAAACUACAUGGCAAAUAAAUAAUCUACUUUUACUAAUUUACUACUAAUAUUACUAAUAUUACUAAUAUUACUAAUAUUCAUCGAAUAAGAAAUAAUCACAAGUUAUACGCACAGCAGAAAUGUAAUUAAAAAAUAAUAAAAUUGAUUUAUCAAAUAGUUGCGAAUUCUUGCGUAUUUUUAAGGAUAAUUCGUAUUUCAUGAAAAAUGUCAAUUAAUACGAGUUUCGAAUAAAACGAUAUAUUUCUCAACGA